AUGGAGCUCCACGGCUUCCCUUCAGCGGGGCGUUCCGACGACCUCGCGAAGAAGCUAGCUGAGGCAGAACUCACGAAGAAGCUGGCCGAGGCAGGGUUCAGCGAAGAGCAGUUAGAAAGAGAGUAUUUUGCCCGUCUCAUCGAAGAGAUGGAGGAGGAGUGGGAGUACGGUAUAAUCACAAAAGAGAUGCCUAGGCCAACAAUUGUCAAGUACCAUGAUAUGUUGGAGAAAAUAUGGGGAUGGGACAAACUGCUACCAAAGGGAAUUUCCGUGUCGUGGUCUGACUAUAGCACAUACCUUAAAGAGUAUCACCAUCACAAUGUGCAUGCAGUUACUAAGGAUAGCAGCGUAGCUGCUCUUGCUGAGACUUGUCUCAACAAUGAGGAGCAACUUGUAUCUGAGUUGAAGAUCCAGGUGAAACCUGAAGAGGAGAGGCUCUUGCAGAUGAGGAAAUCAAGAAUUCUGAGUUGCCUGAUCCACAAGCGUGCAUGUUCAGUGAUCCACACAGCAGGUUCUGAUGUUUGUGGUGCCGCUUUGUUGGGUAUGGCAAAGGAAGCCGAAAUGUUGUGUAUGUGGAUGCGUAAAAAUAACAAGCUUGUUGAUUUCUAUGAUGAUCCUGUACCUGAUCAGAUUGGGGACAGCCCCCUAGCCCGGUACAAAACUUUGGAUUUUGUGGUUGACAUACUAGAGAAGUCUUCAGCUGCUGGUAGAAGUGGUCCUGGUGGUGAUGGGGAUGGCGUUGCUGCUGAUGGAGCAGCAAACACCACAGGGGGCAGCGUUUCAGAUGUAUUGAAUUCUCAGUAUAAGAAACCGAUUAGUGGUGGUGAGAAGAGUAAUAAGAGGAAGAGUAAAGAAGAAGAUCUUUUGGAUAAAAUAUGGGGUUGGGAAGGGUUGGUACCACUUCACAGUGACAUUAAGUGGUAUGACGACUGUAGCAGCCAUCUGGAGGAGUAUUACAAACGUAAUGCUUAUGACUUCAUUGCUCCUGCCUGCCAAAAUCAACAAAUCGCCAGCUCUGCUAUUUGCAAAUCUUGUCUCAAGAUCGAGGAGGAACUCCUGUCCAUGUGGAAGACGAGUCCAGUGUGGUGUACCCUGGAUGAUGCCAAUGCAGUCAGCACUGUCAUUGAGAGUACCCUGAUCAAGGAGCGUGCACUUUCAAUCGGCAGCACAGGGGUUGAGUUGUCUGUUCCUUCUACCAUUGCUUUUCUGUGUAUUACCAUGGAGGCUGACCUGAUGUGUGAGCUAUUGAAGCAAGGUGCUGAGCAUUAUGACGACAUCAUCCAGCUGAGCAGUGUGAUCCGCAUGUGCGCCUUGGGCCUUGUGGACCUCACAGGAAAUCAAUCUAUGGUCUCUGCUGCUGCAAUGAUGGCUAUGGCAAGUGAGGCCAAAAAGAUGUGUGAUUGGAUGAAGAGAGAGAACCAGCUUGUUACCAUAUCCUUGUCUGAGUCUCAUGAGCUGAAGAGAGGCAGCUUGAUCCGGGGAAAAGCCUUGGAUGUUAUGACCAGCAUAUUGCAUGAUUCUUUCCUUCCUAAGGUUCACAUACUAGUCAUGCUUGACACUAUGUUGUCUGCUAUGUAA